GGGCGGCAAUGCGCCGCCGAGUCCGCGAGCCCCGCGCGGGCUGCGCCCGGCCUCCCCCGGCCCAGCCACGGCCAACGCGGGACCGGGCCCCUCGGACCCGACCCCAACCGGGGCUCCGAGGGCCGCCCUCCUGGCGGCCGGCGCGCCGCCGUCACUUCCUGCCCGGCGCGGGCUGAGGUGACGUCCUGCCGGCGGCGCGGCAGGCUGGGUGGCGAGGAGGUCCCGCGCCGCAAUGCCGGGCCCGGCCGCCGUGCGCAGCCUGGCCGCAAUGCCGAGCCCGGCCGCCGUGCCGAGCCUGGCCGCGCAGGACUCAUACUUGCAGGGCCUGGCGCGGAGGGUCCGCGCGCAGCCGGCACCGGAGUCGCGGAAGAGGAAACUCGUGCCUCAUCCAGGGCAGUCUGAGGAUGCUGGCAGGCAGCUCAAGAAAAAGAAGAGAAAGAAACCCAGGAAGCAAGCUGAGAAGGUGAACACUCCGUCAGUCAAACAGGCAGUCUCUAACACGAGCAAACCUGCUCCGGGACAGAGGGCAGCCCCUCAGGCCAGCAAAGCGUCUCCAGACGGUGCUGCACAGAGCAGAAAUGAGAGCUUGGUCACAGGGAGCAAAAGUGAACUGGGUUCCCCUUCCUUUUCUGCAAUGGAUCUCUUGCGUCAGAGACUGCAUGAGAAGAUUAAAAAAGCUUCUGGACAAGAUGAUGCCAAAGAGUUGCCCCCUGCAGUCCUGGAGAAGAGGCAGCGAAGGAAAUAUGAGAGAGAGAGAAAGAAGCGCCGAAGAAAGGAGUUGAAGAUGAAGGCAAAAAUGGAGAAGAAAGAAACUGAGGAAGUACCAGUAGAGCCAGAAAGCAAAAAGGAGGAGAGCAAAGCUGAAAUCGUCUUCAACAGGGUUGAAGUCCAUGAAGAGAAUGAGCUGAGCAAGAUCCAGAAAAAAAAAGAGAAGAGGAAAGCAGUGAAAGGCAAAAUCACUCCUCUGACAGGCAAAAACUACAAGCAGCUGCUGAGCAGGCUGGAGACCAGGAGGAAUAAGCUGGAGAAACUCAAGGAUAAGGAUGAGAAGAAAGCUCAGGAGCUAGAGAACAAGAUGAAAUGGACAAAUGUUCUCUACAAGGCGGAAGGUGUGAAGAUUCGUGACAACGAGGAGCGCCUGAAAGAAGCCCUGAAGCGUAAGGAGAAGCGUAAAGCGCAGCGCCAGAGGCAGUGGGAGAAGCGGACAGAAAAAGUGGUGGAAAAGAUGCAGCAGCGGCAGGAAAAGCGUCGCAAGAACAUUCAGAAGAAGAAGAAAGACAGGAUAGAGAAGAAGAAAGCCAGGGCUCGGAAGAAAGGCCGAGUUCUGCCAGAGGACUUGAAAAAAGCUGGCUUGAAUUGAGUGCGGGGCUCUGCCAUGGUGGGCAUGGGGGGACAUCGUCUGUCUGUCUGCUGCGGCUGCGGCCCAAGCAGGCAGUGCCCGAGGAAACCGCUCGUGGUUUUGUAAUAAACCAGCCCGUUGUGUCCGUGGCAAUUAAAUUUCCUGUCCUGGAGAAA